UUAGAUAAGAGGCCGGUUCAUAGUGCGUCCGAGAUGCAGAACGCAUAAGAGACCAAGAGAUCGGAGGACCGGCCUCAGUUAAAGCUGCGUGUGCAUACCGGCAAAUUCGUUGGUAAAUCGCGAGGAAAAGGUUUCCUUUCUAGCUGCUGUAGCAGCGUGUCUUCAACGAGUGGAGUAUACAUGUGUGCCCUCGUCUUAUUUUACAACCAGACUCUGUGGAAAGUCUGUCUUCAUCGGAGCCGCUAGUCUAUCUGAAAUCUUCUUGUUCAAAAAUUUCGUCUGACUCGUUCGUUUUAAGAUCGAGCUAUGAAUCCGUGGUUCGAGAGAAGAUCUAUUCACCAGACAGGCUCGGUUUGAUCGCGAUCCAUCGACGACCCUUUCGACAAGUUUUGUUGGGAAGAAGGAAAAAGGAAAGAAGAAAAUUCUAAAAUGCCAGCCUGCACCAGUGAAAACGUCUCGAGGUUCUGGUCCUCGAGUCCAUCGAUCUCCAGAAGCAACAGCGUGUCACCACCCAUGCCCAGUUCACCUCUGUCUACGUCGCCACCCUUCGUAUCGCCGAUAUCAACGUUGAAGCGAUCGAUAUCGAACAUUUCCAAUUCUUCAAACGCAUCGAACGUCUCUUACUCGUCGAACAAUUCGAUCGCCCCUACCGUGAUCUUUUCACCGAGACGUCAGCAACAGCAACAGCAACAGCAGCAGAGGAUACAAUUAAACUACGAGGUGCAAUCGACACAAGGACAGAAUCACAACCGAAACGAUUCGUUCCUGUUCAAGAUACUGAUCGCUUACGUCGGUGUGGCGUUUGGAGUACUCCAAGGUAUCAUCACCGGUAUAAGCUACGCGUUUUGGGCACCGGCGCUAUGGGCGUCCAUCUGGAUCUACAUGCUCUGGGUACUUUUCCAACUUCCCGUAGCUGCACUCAAGUGGUUCCUAACCAUACUCUACACACCGGCUUCGGAAAGAAUCCGAAACAAACGGUGCGUACUGAUCAGCGGUGGUAGUACCGUGCAAGCGGUCCAUCUGGCCCGUAAUUUCUACAAAGCCGGGGCCAGAGUGGUGGUCUGCGAACUGGACGGUCUGUUCGGUUUAGCGAAAUUCUCGACCGCUUGCUCCAAGUUCUACACGAUACCGAAACCCGGCCCGGGGAACGCGAUCAAGUACAUAAAAGCGUUAAAGGACAUCGUGCAGAAGGAGAAGGCGGUAUACUACAUCCCGGUGAGCGCCAGCAAUACAGCCUACUACGACGCCCUAGCGAAACCCUAUCUGGAGGUGAUGGGCUGUGAGUGUUUCGUGCCAAGUGCCAGUGAAGUGACAACCUUGGACGAUCCCUUGGAACUUCUACGGAGAUGUCGCGCCCUGGCUCUACCUACCCCUUAUCAUUCCGUCCUGCGUUCGAUGCAGGACGUGGCAAGAUUGUACGAGCAGAACGCGUUCACCACCGGUAGAUACUUAAUGUUAUCAGCUGGUCCAGCGGGGAUGAGCGACCGAGGUAAGGUGGUUCUACCACCGACCGCGAGGGAGUUCCGUAACCAGCAACACGAGAUCACCGAGAACAAACCCUGGGUGGUGGUUCGAGACCCGAACGGUAAACACUACAUCACCUGCACCACCGUUAAGGAAUCGAGGGUGGUGGCGAACGUGACCUGUCUGGUGGACGAGGAUCGAGGCCUGAUCCCUGAGGAGCGACCGGAAGUGGUGCAGUGGCUCGACCGAUUCUUUGCCCGUUCCUUUGGCUCAAAGAUCAACGGUCACCUGAGUUUCCGGCUGGCUAUAGCGGAGGACGGAGAACUAGUACCUAUAGGCUGUCGCGUUGGCGUCAGUCUACCUUACAUCUGCCACACCGGCAUACACCCACGACUAGUCUGGCGACCGUGCAGGCAUUUCUCCAGACAGAAUUCCGACGUCUUUUUCACCGCGGAAAGAAACUCGCUUCCCGACGCGGUCGCCUGUGCAUUGAAACGACCCACCGGAGAAACGGUGCCCCAUUUGUUGGGCACCGUCCUCGACAAACGGGAAGCUCUGUUCACUUAUUGGGACCCGUUGCCCUACUGCGCUUACUAUCACCUCCAGCUACCGUUCAGGCGGCUAGCCGGUAUGAUCAGGGCGCAACCUGUGCAGCACAAUCCACCACUUGGUGUAGUGCACUAGUUUCUAAACUAGAUCGAACAUCGAGAAGCAAACAUCUCUAAACGAUGAUCAGAGGCUAGGAUUGUACAUACAGUUCGAGACGCGAGGUUCGAAGGGAUUCGAACGAUUUCACGUGAACAGCCAGUAUUGGGUAGACGAGGAAGAAACGAAGGAGAGAAUGGAACGAGAAACUGUAAGAUUCGAGUGGGGAAAACGUGAGGACUUGUGAGGUCAAGUUCGCCUCUAUCGACGAUAAGUAGGUUCUGAAAUCGCGACUGAAGCGGAUGCAAAGCGAAGAAAAAAAAAAAAAAAGGAAAAAACUGUAAUGAAAAGACAAGACACGUUUGAAUCACGUGCUAAUCGUUGCUGGAUGAACGACGGUUUUGCGCGCCCCGAUUAACCUAGGUUCCUAUCUUUGUAGACUGCUAUAGUGAUGUGCGAGAACGAGAGAGCGUUAAGUUGAAAUUUUCUAAAGCAUCGCUGAGCGUGAAAAUUGUAUCGCGUCUCGUCGCGUGUAAAUAGUAACGUUUAAUCGUACCUAAUGUGUAAUACUAUGUAACAGGCAUUUAUUUCUCGUCGGAUUUUCUAUUUUUUAUUACUACUUCUUUUCUUCCCUUUCGCGUCGACGAUUCGACUUUGAACCCCCGGCUACGAUAGAUAAUCUAACAAACGUGUACCAGUAUACGUAUACACGUAUAAGAUGAAACGAUUUUAUACUUUAUAAUAAUUAUUUUAUAUUUAAUUCGAUGCAAUUCGUUAAGAGCUUCCUAGUGGCUAAGUUGUAAAUAACGUUAAGUAAGCUAUAAUUAUUAUGACAGUACAUUGAUAAGCUUGAGUGCGGAUAGAUUUAAAAAUUAAUGGAAACAUUUCAGCUGAUUCGUGUGUGCAAUAACGAGGCGUUCGCAGGAUUUCUGUAUUUAUAGUAUUUGAUAUUUUUAUAAGACGCCGGACAGAUGAUAACAUUCGUGUAAAUACUCGUGAGGAUAUUAUAAUGAUAUCGUAAAUCAUUAAUAAAACCUAUUCGGAAUGAAAUUUUUUUUAAUAUAA